GGUCAGUAAUUCAAAUCCUUCUUUGUUUCAUAUAAAAAACGACAACUUCAUAUCGUCUUUACGUAUCUUUAGAGAACAUCACUUUUUCCUACACCCUAUUUUUCAUGAAAGUUCUAUCACAAAUUAACGAAAAAAUGAAAAGAAAAUAGGGGGUUAUGUAGUUCCUAGUGAAAUGCCAGUCACUUGUGGUCUGCUACCCUAAAAAUGGCGCAUAUUUACUCUCGUCCGCGCAAUAAACACCUACUUCCGGUUUCGAUCUGCAAAACUUGCCAUGUGGGGUGUAUGAACAUGAAAACCGUCUCAUUUCAUGCAGAAUGUCUUCUAGUAGUGAGAAACGGUGAUUAAAGCACUCGUUCUACACGAAUUUGCGCAAAAAAUGGGAAAAUUAAUAUCUAUUUAUUAUGGACUUCUUUCGACUACACCACGGAAGCACAUUUUCGACCGAAUUACUGACCUUAUUUUUCAAGUGAUUUUUCGAUCAAUAUGUCGCACAACCACAGGUGUUACGUAAAAAAAGUUAAAACGGACACUAUUAAAGGAUGCAAAAAGUUAGAUGUUAUGUUCAAGCAAGCGGCGCUCGGGUCGGCCGGGAUGACGGAGCCAACGAACGUUUCCCAGCUGUCGAUUUCAGCAGCAGGUGAGCCCUCGAUUUCAACAGAAGUGAUCAACAUGAAAAUCCCCCGUCUCCGAUCGGUGAGAAAGCUGUUCCAGACAUCGAGUCUGGUGAUGAUGUCAGCAGCGAUGAUGACAGUAGUGUUAGGGUGCCAGAUGCACGUUUAUUUACAUCAGCAAAGUAUGAAUCGAGGUACAAUUGGCUGUAUUAUUCUCCCUCAAAAUCAGCAUGUCUGUGUAAAGUAUGUGAAAUGUUUGGUACCAGUACUAGUCGGGGAACGUUUGCAAGUGGGGUGAGUUCCCUUGGGACUCACCCCUCAAGGAAGCUAGUGAAGCAUGAAAAUUCCAAAGAACAUCAUUUAUGUUUGCAGAAGAAACUGAUUGCCAGUGGUGGUUCUCCAUCGGUGCUCUCAUUGCUAAGAAAUGGAGCGGAAAAACAAUCAAAGGCUGAAAUUGAAAGAAACCGCAAAUAUUUUUCAGUACUUAUUUCUAUAAUAUAUAAUACUGUGAGGCAAAAGAGGGCUUUAGACAGUGUUGAGGGUUUAAUGAGGCACAUGGCUGCUGUUGGUAAUAGAGAAAUAAUUGAGUAAUACAACCCACAGAUAAAAUAUACGUCACCAACAUCUGUUUCGGAGAUUUUAGCAUGCAUUGACAGCUAUCUUGAAGAAGAAAUUCUAAAUAAAUUAAGGGAGGCAAAUACCUACGCAUUAUUAGCGGAUGAAAGCAGUGAUGAAGGUCAUCGUGAACAAUUUGCGAUAAUCGUUAGGACAAAGGGAUCUAAAGGGACCAUUGAAGAUCGUUUCUUGGGUAUCACUGGUCAGAAAACAAGAUGCGGAGAGUCUUAUGAUGGCGGUGGAGGACUUCCUGCUACGAAAGGGUAUUGAAAUCAGAAAAGUCUUAUUUGUAGGCUUUGAUGGUUGCAACACCAUGUCUGGUGAAAACAAAGGUAUAAAAAAUGCAGUGAAACUUUAAUGUUCUGACAUUUUCCUGUUCUAAAUUGAUGUGUAUUUAACCAUUACUUUUCCAGAAACAUUAAUAACAUAACUUAAUUAGGGUUGAACUUACGCUGCAAGUUUCAUUUCAUCCGCCAAUGUUUAGGCACUUGCCUCCAUUAAGCGUAAAAAUGGUUUGUUUCCGACCCGGUAACAAGCUGAGAUAAUCAAGGUCAGUAAUUGUUUUAAUUUAUAUUUUUAUUACAUGGGACUUUCUAGAAAUUAUUUUUGUGUCAAAAACUAAGGGGGUUAUGCCUUUAAAACAUCAGUAAGCUGAUUUCUAACAUCACUGACCAUGUUCAAAGCAUAAAAAGUGUGGUUGGUCAGAUACCAGAAACAAACAAUUUUUUUGCACCUUAUGAAACAUUUCUUCUUUCAGGACUUCAACGACGAUUUAGACACCUUGUACCACACCAGCUCUUUGUGAACUGUCGCAACCAUAAGCUUGCCCUGUAUGUAAAACACAUGAUUAAGGAGUUUCCUGUCACAGAGAAUGUUGACACCCUGCUGAUCUCAAUAAGGAAGCUAUUCCAUUAUUCCCCGAGAAACUACGCCAUUUUCCAGGCUAUUCAGGAAUCGUAUGGAUUGAAGAAACUGAAGUUCAUCAGAGCAGCUACUACACGUUGGUUAUCGCAUGGAAAGUCCUGUGUUCGCCUUAUUGACCGUUAUGAGCAGGUGCUUGAUGCCAUAGAUGCUAGUCUUGAUGACAAGUAUGUUCCCGAGGUGUACGGCCUGCGACAUCAGCUGCUUGACAAACCUACUGUAGCCAUGGUGCUAGUACUUUGCGACAUUUUGCGACUGGUCAUCAACUUCAGUGAUUAUCUUCAAGGGGAAAAUGUCUUCUCUGAUAUGCACAUCAGAUGUGGGGAGCUGAUAGACCAGCUACACCAUCUUGUGGUGAGGUUUGAUGUCUCUGUUGAAAGGCCAGACCAAGACUUGUAUUUGUCAAGGAUGGAGACCCUUUUCCAAGUUAUUGAUGACAGGACUGCAUUAGCACGGCGCUUAAGAGGUCCAGCAAUGAUGACUCCAAGGCAGGUAGUUGAGGAAAUUGCCAAACCUGUUACUUAUGCGCUUAUAAAUGAGAUUAGUGACGCAUUCCAGUGUUCACCAGUGCUGGCUGCCUUUUCAGUAUUCAACCUACAGAAAGUUCCAGAAAAUGUUGCUGAGAUUAGUUUAUAUGGGGAAGUUAGUAUAAAGUUGAUGCAGUGUGCUACAGCUACUGCAGAGUCGGGGCUUUCAGAUUAUUUGUUCUGUCAUUUCCAGAGGAUGAUCUUUGCAUUGAAAGCUUUGAAGUUUCUGUAUUUAAUCUGAAGUAAAGAUACUUCUGUUUGCAAGACUUAAAAAGUCAAAUUCAACUGAAUGCAUUAUAUGGUUUCUUCUAAAAAUUAUAUAAAAAUGUAGUACAUGCAUCUCUGUCGCUUGCAGAGAGAAAUAAAUACCCUAGCCAGUCACUAUGGCAGACCCAGAAAUGAUGUGUUCAUGGGCCACAGGACUCUUGCGGAGCCUGUUUACUCUGAAGCAGAGAUAAAGGCCCGGUUCCAGGGCUUCAAUCACCAAAUGUGUCUUAAAAAGUGAAUACUGACUACAUGUCAGCUGUUUCACUGUCUGUUAUAACUUAAAUAGUAUAUAAGUCUUCAAGCACAGUCUGUGAUUGACUAAAAGAAUAAAUGCAACAUUAUCAACAUUAUCAAUCUGUCAACUCAAAAAUUAUGCAUCAAAUUUUUUUCAGAUGAAUCCACCAUUCACAUUGUCAAACAAAUUCUGAAAGUAUGUAUUUUACACUGACCAAACCAGACUGUGCUUGAAGUUGUU